AUGUCCGGGCUCUACGGCCAGCAGGGCUUCUCCCCUUCCAGGAACCUGUCUCCCCAGAUUAGAAGCAACCCAGAUGUCGAUAGGGUUUUGUGCAGCCAGUACCUGGCCGAGCUGCUCGCCGAGCACCAGAAGCUGGGGCCUUUCAUGCAGGUGCUGCCCAUAUGCAGCAAGCUGCUGAGCCAAGAGAUUAUGCGGGUGUCAAACUCUGCACACAACCCUGGGUUCAGUGAUUUCGAUAGACAUCGAUUCAGAAGUCCUAGUCCAAUGUCUUCACCAAAUCCAAGAUCCAAUCUCUCUGGCAAUGGGUUCAGUCCUUGGAAUGGACUACACCAAGAGAGAUUAGGCUUUCCUCAAGGAAACAGUAUGGAUUGGCAAGGAGCGCCACCAAGCCCUAGCUCUCAUGUCAUGAAGAAGAUUCUACGCUUGGAGGUCCCAGUUGAUUCUUAUCCAAGUUUCAAUUUUGUGGGACGUAUUCUAGGACCUAGAGGUAAUUCUCUAAAGCGGGUAGAAGCAUCUACUGGUUGUCGUGUUUUCAUCAGAGGAAAGGGUUCCAUCAAAGAUCCUGGGAAGGAGGACAAGCUACGAGGAAAACCAGGCUAUGAGCAUCUGAGCGAACAACUUCAUAUCUUGAUAGAGGCUGAGUUCCCAGCCAAUAUUAUUGAUGCCAGAUUGAGACAUGCACAGGAAAUUCUAGAGGAACUGCUAAAGCCAGUGGAUGAGACACAGGAUAUCUACAAGAGGCAACAGCUCAGGGAGCUGGCGAUGCUAAACUCAACCCUGCGACAGGACAGCCCUCAUCCGGGGAGCGUCUCCCCAUUCAGCAACGGUGGCAUGAAGCGUGCGAAAACAGGCCAGUAG